AUGAGCGACGACACAUCCACCGCCAAAGACGCAGAGACAGUCGCCCAAAUCAUCGUCAACAGCCUAUACAAUGCGGGUGUGCGCGUGGUGUUCGGCGUGCCGGGCGCCAAAAUCGACGCCAUCUUCGACUGCCUCAUGGACCACCCGGAGAUCAAGCUGAUCGUGGCACGCCACGAACAAAACGCCGCCUUCAUGGCCGCCGCGGUGGGCCGCAUCACCGGCGUCCCAGGCGUCUGCAUCGGCACCAGCGGGCCCGGGGCGUCGAAUCUAGCGACCGGUCUCGUGACAGCCACGACGGAGAACGACCCGGUUGUCGCCCUCGUGGGCUCCGUGCCACGCCACAUGAACCUGAAGAGGACGCACCAGAGCAUGCGCGCCCUCGACAUCCUCGGCCCGACGGCCAAGAGCGCCGUGGGCAUCGACGUCGAGGACCAAGCCGCCGAGGUGGUCCUGAAUGCGUUCCGCUCGGCCAGCGCGUCGCCCAAGGGUGCCAACGUCAUCUCGAUCCCCCAGGACGUGGCGAGGGGCGAGUCCAAGAUCCUCGCAUUCCCGUCCCACGCAUUCACUCCGCCACGGUACGGCCCCGCGGCGCCGGAGACGCUCGACCAGGUCGUGGAGAUGAUCGAGCAAGCCAAGCUGCCGGUGCUGUUCCUCGGUAUGCGCGCCAGCAGUCCACGGGUCGUGGAUGCAGUGCGUGCCCUGCUGGUCCGGUUCCCGCUGCCGACGAUCGAGACGUUCCAGGCCGCUGGCGCGGUGCCCAAGGAGUUGGUCCACCUGUUUUACGGGCGCGUGGGGCUCUUCCGCAACCAAGUCGGCGACAAGCUGCUCGCCAAGUCGGACCUCGUGCUCGCCGUCGGCUACGAUCCCGUCGAGUACGACGCCAACGCCUGGAAUCCCGCGGGCAGCCGCAAGGUCGUCCACAUUGACUACACGCCCUGCGACUACGGGACGUACUAUCACCCGGUGGCCGAGCUGGUGGGGUCGGUGGUCGAGAACCUCAAAUACCUGACCGCCCGGUUGACCAAGAUCGCCGAGGCGUCCAUCUCGGAGCUGUGCCGCGGCCUGACGCAGGAGUAUACCCAGUGGCAGGACAGACCGGAGGUGCACCGCUCGUCGGGAUUAGUACAUCCUUUACACUUCAUCACGACGCUGCAGGGGAUGGUGUCCAAGGACACGACGGUGUGCGUCGACGUGGGUAGCGUCUACAUUUACUUUAUGCGGUAUUUCUUCGCGUACGAGCCUCGACGAUUACUGUGCUCCGACGGCCAACAGACCCUAGGCGUGGCCCUGCCCUGGGCUAUCGCCACCUCCCUGACCCAGACGCCGACGCCGUGUUCGCAAAAGGUCGUCUCCAUUUCCGGCGAUGGCGGCUUCAUGUUCUCGGCGCAGGAACUGUCCACGGCGGUCCAGCAAAACUGCAACAUCACGCACUUUAUCUGGAACGACGAGGCCUACAACAUGGUCGAGUUCCAGGAGGUCAUGAAGUACGGGCGCAGCAGCGGCGUCAAGCUCGGGGGCGUCGACUUCGUGACGCUGGCGCAGAGUUUCGGUGCAAAGGGGUUUCGCAUUGCCGAUUCGGCCGAUGUCGAGACCGUGAUUACCGAGGCGCUGAGCUAUCCGGGCGUCAGUCUCGUGGACGUCAGGAUCGAUUACGCGGGGAAUAAGGCGCUGGCCGGCAAUCUGAUCGAGGAUGAGUGGAAUUGA